AUGAAGGCAAUGGAGAAGAGGCAGCAAGAAGAGAUGGAAAGGAUGCGCAAGGUCCUGCUGCAGUACAGGCUGGCUGAACAAAAGCAGAUGGAAGCAGGAUCUGCCAUCAAAGCUGCUGCUGCAGCCGCAUCCUCGGAAGUAGCCUCCUCUCCGCAGCCUGAAAACCGGAGCAUGAGCAGUUCGCCCCGCUCGAGCCAGGAGAGAGAGAAGCAGUUCCUGAAGCUGCUGAAGGCAAAAGCUAGCCCCAGAGAGUGGAGCUGGGUUGCAGAUCUCCUAGAAGUCAGGGUCUCUGUUUUGAAGUUUGCUUCUUGCAUUUUGUUUCUUUCAGGGCGUGUGGUGAGUGUGGGAGAUCCGGAGAAGAAGUACACCAGGUGGAAACGUGUUGGCAGUGGGGGUUUUGGCACUGUUUAUAAGGCCUUCAACGCUGCCACAGGACAAGCGGUGGCCAUAAAGAAACUUAAUCUCCAGCACCAGGGCUGUGAGGAAGUGUUAAUGGAAAUCCUGGUCUUGCGUGAAAGUAAGAACCCCAAUAUUGUCACCUACUUUGAAAGCUACCUUGUCAAUGAGGCUGUCCUGCUGGUGCUGGAAUAUAUGGAUGGAGGCUCCUUAGCUGAUGUGGUCAGCAUGAGAAGGAUGGCUGUAGGACACAUAGCAACAGUGUGUCAGGAGUGCCUGCAAGGCCUGGCUUUCCUUCAUGCCAACCAGGUGAUCCACAGAGACAUCAAAAGUGACAACAUCCUUCUGGGCCGGGAUGGCUCCGUCAAGUUGGCUGAUUUUGGCCUCUGUGCUCUGCUCAGCCCAAAGCAGAGUAAACGGAGGUCGAUGGUCGGGACCCCCUGCUGGAUGGCACCCGAGGUGAUGAGAAGAGAGCCAUACGGCCCCAAAGUGGACACCUGGUCCCUUGGCAUCGUGGGAAUAGAAAUGGCCAAAGGAGAGGCUCCUUAUGUUCGGGAAACCAGUGACAGGGCUAACUACCUGAUCGCCAAGCAAGGGGUGCCAAAUCUGCACAAGUUCAUGCUACCCCCUGGCUUGUGUGAAUUUCUGGGCUGCUGCCUGCAGAUGGAUGCGGACAGGCGAGGCUCUGCCAAGGAACUUCUGCAGCAUCCGUUUCUCCAAUCAGCGGAGCCUCUCUUAGGCCUCUUCUGA